AGCCAAGUUUCAACUGCACCAACAGCACACUGCUCAUCAGUCGAUCGCCAUCAUUGGUCAGCUCACUUCAAUAGCUGCUGCUGGUGCAACUCUACAGACAUAGCCGUUCACAGCAAUCAACCGAAUCCACGAUGAUGGAUCGACAUGGAUCAAGAGCACUUCUGGGACAACUUGUCAAAGUCCUUUUAGUAGCUGUUCUCGCCGCCGAGGAUGAACCAAUAAAAUUAGAGACGGUGACAGUCCUCAGAGGGAGAACUGCCGAACUGCCAUGUGACAUUACACCACCGACGCUCGACUCGCUGUAUCUCGUUCUCUGGUACAAGAACGACUCGGACUUUCCCAUCUAUAAGUACGACGCUCGACGUUCCAGGGAAAAUUAUCGUCAGCAACAGACUCAACAUGACAGUCAGAUGUUUUUGUUACAGCAACAACAACAAUACGGCCAAGCAUCGUCUAAAAGCAGAAUCCAGUUUCAGUUCGAUAGUCACCCGGCUCUUUUGUUAUUGAAUAAUGUGGUCGAUCCAGAUGAGGGCGUCUAUCGUUGCAGAGUCGAUUUUGGGCGAUCACCAACGCGCAACGUUCUCGUCCAGCUCAUCGUUGUUGUUCCACCACAAAAGAUCCGCAUCAUCGAAGACAAUCAACAAGUCUCAUCAGUCAUAGGCCCUUACGAUGAAGGCGAUCAACUCUCAUUAAACUGCAUUGUCACUGGAGGUCGCCCACGUCCGGAAGUGACUUGGUGGUUGGGCGAGAAAUUGGUGGAUUACACUUACAUUGCCACGUCAGAAACUGUGGUUCAAAAUGUUUUGGUGAUUCCGAAAUUAGAACGACGUCACUUGCACGCUAUUUUACGAUGCCAAGCGUCCAAUUACUACUUCGUUCACAACGAGACACUAUCCUACACUGUGCAGCCCUAUUGGCAUCAAAAACAACACUUGCCGUUCCAUCAAUGGCAAAACCAACACACACUUAUCUCCAUUGUUCAACUCGACCUAAAUCUGCGGCCGUUGUGGGUGGUGAUCACCGGUGCGGAAAAGCCGCUGUCUGCUGGCAAAUCCUACACGUUCGAGUGUGUCACUGGAGGAUCGCGUCCUUCCGUCAAUCUUCGCUGGUAUCUUCGUUCCGUUCCCCAACCAGCGAAAGAACGGGUAACGACGGAUGGAAGCAACACGACUAGCAUCUUGAAACUGAUUCCAACGGCUCAAGAUCACGGUGCCGAAUUGAUUUGCUCCGCCGUCAAUCCGCUUUUGGUCGCUAAUAAUGGCAGUUUCGGCAUUAACGCGUCCGUUUCAUCCAUCGAAACUCAUCGUAAACUCAUCGUUCACUAUGCUGCGAUAGCAGAGCUUGAACUCGGACGCAACCUAAAAGCGGAUUCUAUUAUGGAAGGCAACGAUAUCUACUUUGAGUGCCGCAUCAAAUCCAAUCCUGCACCCCACCGUUUCGUUUGGACUCACGAGGGGAAUCAUAUAAAAGAAAAUGCAUCAGCUGGAGUUAUCAUCACAGAACAAAGUUUGGUUAUUCGGCGAGUUUCUCGAUCCCAUUCCGGUCGUUAUUCUUGCAGUGCUGUCAAUGCGGAAGGCACUGGAAUCAGCAACAUCGUGCAUCUCCUAGUGAUGUUUCUGCCAGUUUGCCAUCCCGGCCAGAAAAUAUUGUAUGGAGUGGCUAAACAAGAAACGGUCGUCGUCCAUUGUCAAACUGACGCCAUUCCACCGGCGUUUUCCUAUCGAUGGUCUUUCAAUACCUCUUCGACAGACGUCAAUGACUUACAGGAGAACCAAAAGUUUCACACGACAUCCUCCACUGAUGAAGGCACAGACGCAGGAAGUACUAGCGUCCUUUCCUACACACCGCAAUCUGAUCGAGAUUACGGCAGUCUCAUAUGCUGGGCGCGUAACGCAGUUGGUGAGCAACGGGAGCCUUGCGUCUACCGCAUUUUCGCUGGAGUGCGUCCGGAUCCACCGAGUAAUUGCUCAGUAUUAAAUCAGACGGCCGAUGCAGUUGAAGUGUGGUGCCGACCGGGAUUUGAUGGCGGUCAUCCGCAACUGUUUCUAUUCGAAAUCUUUGAUACGCAAUCGGCUGUUCUCCUUUACAAUAAAUCCGGAAGGUACCCACACUUGCGCGUUGGCAACCUGGAAUCCGGCGUGAAAUUGUUCAUUCAAAUCUCGUCGUAUAAUCGACGUGGAAGAUCAGCUCUGGUCCCGCUGGAGGCCUACACCAUCAAAAUUGCAGAGAAACAAACAGUCAUUAUGGAGACGAUGUACUGGGCUUCGAUGAUGGGCAUCAUUGGAGGCGUUUCUGCAUCGAUCCUAAUUGUUUGCAUCGUCGUUGCCGCAACCAUCAAGCUCCGCCGUCAAAACAAUCACGCUCUCGAACGACGUAAUCUCAAUAAGAUUGACAAGAGAGUCACGACGAUGACUAACAACGCCGUCUAUCACCAACACGAGGCUGACGAUCCUGACAUCAUCAUCAAUAGUAAUUCCGUGCAGGAACACCGGCUGACGCAUUACCAGGAUAGCUCUUUGACAUUCACACAGCAGAACGUGACAAAGCGAGACCUACGUGACAAUCGUUCAAUCCAAAGAGAUUGUGGUAACCAACUGGGCAAACCUGUCGAUCGUGAUUCGUUAAACGAGUUUGUCGUAGUGAGUCAGCCUCGAAUGGCCGUGAAUCGAGUCAACGGCUAUCACCAUCAAUCGGCAAGUGGGACCAUGGAAAUGAUCGUCGUGAAAUCGCCUCAUCGUCGGAGGCAAAAUGUGCGUUUUGCAACUGUGGAUGGGAGACACCAGUUUUCUUACCAAACAGAAAUUGAUCGGCAGCUGUAGCCGUUGUUCGUUAGGUAUGGUUUCACAUACCGGAACAGCUUUUAUUCGGCCUCAAUCACAGGCCUCAUGAUCAACAUAAUUCCCAACCGACGCGUGUUGAUUGCUUUGGUUUCGAAGUGGAAUUGUUCGAAGAUGUCAUCGAAAUCUGGUUAACAUCGCCUGGUUUAGCAUUGAUUCCGAAAACUUUAAUCGAGGUUUGUAAUCAUAAAAAAAAAUUUCAAAUUAACAUUUAAUACAAAUCUGUCUUUUUUGGGGGGGGGACCAGAAUGAAUCACAUAAAGCCUUAAAAUGUGUGGCCAUCUGCACUUGCCAAUCUGUGAAAAUCGAACACCGGUACAUUUUUUUUUAUUUUCAGGGUCUUUUGAUUCUUAACUUUCUUUUGGUUGUGUCAACCAUCUGUUUUAA